CCGUAUUCUGCACAAGCCCAGUCAUUUUCGGUCCUUAAUUUAAGCGCGCGAGACAAGGAGGCACUGGUGUGUCUUCCUCUUUCUUCCAUAUUCUCAUUCUCACCAUCACCAAACCGAAAACCACACCAUGGUUCAUCGUCUCCGUGCCAUCUCCCUCACCGGCUUCACCAUCCUGCUGUCCCUCGCCCUCCUCUUCACCUCCCAGCAAGCUCAAGGAGCCAGCAGCAACUUGGGCCGCCGCAGCGGCAAGGAGAAACGACGACAGGCGUCGGAGGAGCACUACGUCCCCGUGCGGAGCGUGGUGUACCGGUCGCGGUCGGUGGCGGCGGCGGCGACGGAGGCGGUGGGGUACGAGCCGUUCGAGGUGUGCGAGGGGUGCAGGUGCUGCUCGACCUCCAACACGAGCAGCUGCGUGGACACGAGCUGCUGCUACGCCAUCGACUGCAACCUCCCGGGGAAGCCCUUCGGCACCUGCGCCUUCACGCCCCAAACCUGCGGCUGCGGCGGCACCACCAACUGCACCCAGCCCUCCUGAUCCAUCUAUUAAUUCCUGAUUACUCAUUUCGUGUUCUUCUUUGACUGACUCUCAAAUCUCAAUUUGGGUCUGAGACUGGGCUCUGGGGUUUCCUCAACCUUUUGUGUUCUCAACUUCUGAUAGAUGACUGAUCUGAAAAACAAUAUAGAGGAUUAAUUCAGGGCCGGAUUCUGUUUGAAGGAAGAUGAAUAUGGUAUGCAUGGUUGGUGUAACUAGCUACUGCAGCAAAAGUUUCUGCAUUCUAUUCUUUCACCA